AGCUGGUUCAUGAUGAGUUCCCUACUGACGGAUCGAAUUAUAGAAGAAUGUCUAGAACAAGAAGAUAGUGAAGAAGAAAAUGUGUCAGAAAUAGAAGAUUUUGAGGAGCAUAGUGAUCAUGAAAGCGGAACAGAGCAAGAAGCAAGUGAUUCAGAUGGGUCUUCAGUGUCGGAAGAGAGUUUUCCUUCAAAUUUACAAAUUGAGAAUACUGAAGAUGAAGAAUAUUUAGAGGAUGUACCGCUUAAAAGCGGCAGGAAUUUAAAUAUUGUGUACUUCACCGAAAUAUUCGUGAUCAUGAGCCCUCCGUUUAGAUUGCCUUUAAAAUCUUUAGAUAAAUAUUCUGUGUUGUGA